UCAAACUACAGAUAAAGAUACAAAGCUUCAGAUCUCACACCAGAAACCCUUUGGAUUCUUCUCUUCUCGAACUGGGGAUUGUUACUCACUUGUUUCCUUUGCACAACGAGAACUCAACGUGUCUGUUUUGUUCCUCAUCUCUCUUUUUUUUAAAAAAAAAUAUUUUUUUCCAAAGAAAAAAAGAAGAGAACCUAUUUGGAUUUACUUGCUCCCAAACAUGACUCUGGAGGAAAUCACUGGGACUGACAACACAAGCAAAAAGAUGCAGACCAUUGAUCAAGCUUUGGAAGAAUUGCUGGUCGCUGCUCAACGACAGGACUGUCUCACAGUCGGGGUGUACGAAUCAGCCAAGUUAAUGAAUGUAGAUCCUGACAGUGUUGUGCUGUGUUUGCUGGCGGCUGAUGAGGAGGACGAAGGGGACAUCGCUUUGCAGAUCCACUUCACCCUGAUCCAGGCUUUCUGCUGCGAUAACGACAUCAACAUCGUGCGGUUGCGAGGAGUCACUCGUUUGGAGGAGCUGUUGGGGGUCGGGGAAGAGGGUUCUGAACCCAGGGACAUGCAUUGCAUCCUUGUCACGAAUUCUCACACCGAUGCCUGGAAAUGCGACGCUCUGGAAGAAGUAGGAAGCUACUGCGAAGAAAGCAGAAGCAAGAACCAGUGGGUCCCUAUUGUGUGUCUGCAAGAGCGCUGAAGACGGAAAAGAGUGCUGUGUUUUUUUUCCCUCACACACAAAAAAAAAAAUGACCCACGAAGCAGAGAUUGCGAAUGGGGUUGAAAUAUCGUUGUUUGCAAAGCU